AUGGAUUCCUCUACCAGAUUAUUAUUCGGCCCUGAGUGGGAUCUGAAGGAAUGGACGGCGUCAGAUGACCGCGUUCGCGGCGGAUCGUCCGUCUCCAACCUCACCCCCACCCCCGACGGAGCACUCUUUCACGGUACCCUCGACAUCGAAACCCUCGGCGGUGCUGGAUUCGCCUCACAGCGGACGGUCGCUGGUGAUAAAAAAUGGGAUCUCAGUUCGCAUGACGGUAUUGAGCUCCGGAUUGUGUCCUCGGACCACAAACGCUACACCUUCUCCUUGACGGACGAAAUCGCACCACGGAGACCAGAUGGUCGGGAGCAGAGUGCCUUGGUGUGGGAAUAUGAUUUCUGUACGAACGGGAAAGAAUCCACCAUCCGCGUGACAUGGAAGGAUCUGAAACCAACCUACCGUGGCAAGCCUGUGAAGGAUGCUAGACCCUUGGACGUCUCGCAAGUCAAGAGGUUCCGGAUCAUGGCUCGGAGUUUCUUCGGUGAUCAACAAGGCAGCUUCAGCCUGGGGAUUCGAUCGAUCGCUCUCUUCCGUGACAACUACCUUGACAACCCGAAAAUGACCCAGGAGACCAUGUGUUAUGACAAUGAGAAAGCGGAACAAUCGGACGAGCAAGUUCGUGAUAGCAAGAAAUGGUCAUUGCCUUGCUGUCUCUUCUAG